GGGCUGCUGUUCCAAGUUCGCACGCAGCCUGUCGUUGGGCUGCAACAUGGAAGACGUUUCGCAAUGAAGAAACGUUCUACUGCUCAUUCUCACAAAAACAACUUUUGAAGCACAAGAACAGGAAAGAACGAAACGGUAGGUUGACAUUACGUGGGCUCAUGGCGCUGGUGGUCGACUGCGUACCUGGACAGUUUGAAGACGUCGAGGAGGACGAAAGCUGCAGCCAAUCACAAACGCGCAACGUGACGCAAGACAGCCUGCGCCCGGUUGCUGAUGAAGAUGAGGAAUACUGCGAAGAGGAUGACGAUGAUGACGAUGAGUGGGCGUGGUCUGCCUCAGGAGGAGACCUGACCAAACGCUACAACAGGAAUGCUUGCGGCCAGGCCAACAAACAGAAUUUGAGCAAUCGCACACUUGUGACCACGGACAGGUCGCUGAGGAGAUUUGAACACAAACUCAACUUGGAUAAACUGAAUUUAGCCGACUGCGUGGUCAACAAAGUGACGACAAUGGAGAAGCAGAAGGAUGCCAACACGUACCGAGUAAAGGACAAAUCGGAUCGUGCCACCGUGGAACAGGUUUUAGAUCCUCGAACCCGAAUGAUUCUCUUCAAGAUGUUGAGUCGCGGAAUCAUAUCUGAAAUUAACGGCUGCAUCAGCACCGGGAAAGAGGCCAACGUUUACCACGCGAGUACGGCCAACGGAGAGAGCCGAGCCGUCAAAAUCUACAAGACUUCCAUCCUGCACUUCAAGGACCGAGACAAAUACGUCAGUGGCGAGUUCAGGUUCCGUCACGGGUACUGCAAAGGGAACCCCAGGAAGAUGGUGAGGACUUGGGCAGAGAAGGAGAUGAGGAACCUCAUCAGGUUGCAGACCGCCGGGAUCCCGAGUCCGGAACCGCUGCUGCUGCGGAGCCACGUGUUGCUGAUGGGCUUCAUCGGGAAAGACGACAUGCCCGCGCCGCUGCUGAAGAAUGCGGUUUUGUCUGAGUCCAAGGCCCGGGAGCUGUACCUGCAGGUGGUCCACAACAUGAGGGAGAUGUACCACCGAGCCAGACUGGUUCACGCCGACCUCAGCGAGUUCAACAUGCUAUAUCACCACGGCGACGUCUACAUCAUCGACGUGUCACAGUCGGUGGAACACGACCAUCCGCACGCGCUCACCUUCCUCAGGAAAGAUUGCAGCAACGUCAACGAGUUUUUCGUCAAGCGUGGCGUGGCGGUGAUGACCGUCCGAGAGCUUUUUGACUUCAUCACCGACCUGUCCAUCACCUGUCACAACCUGGAUCAGUACCUGGAGAGGAUGAUGGCCAUCGCGGCCGAGCGGACCGCGGCUCAGCGCUCGGAUCGGGACCGUGUGGACGAGGAGGUGUUCAAGCAGGUGUACAUCCCGCGAACGCUGACCGAGGUCAGCCACUACGAGCGAGACUUCGACACGGUCGGCAAAAAGGAGGAGGAGUGGGCCGUCGGCGGUCACGACGACAAUGUGCUGUACCAGACGUUGACAGGCCUGAAGAAGGAUCUUUCCGGCGUUCAGAUGGUUCCGGCCCUGCUGGAGGACGGCGGCGGUUCGUCUUCGCCGGAGGAAGAUGAGGAGGAAGAGGACGAGGCGGGUCAGACGCAGCCCGGUGACGACAACGCCGCCGUGGACAAAAAGGAGAAGAAGAAGCUAGUCAAAGAAGCUCAGAGAGAAAAGAGGAAGACCAAAGUUCCGAAACAUGUAAAGAAGAGGAAGGAAAAAGUGGCCAAGACCAAGAAGGGAAGAUGAAUGUUCUCAGGUUUGCCUCUGUCUCUCGUGCCUUCUGAAGGUCCUCCAUUAAAGGAGUCUUUGUGAUGUAUCUCCUC